AUGGCUCCGACGGAGGAGCUGAAGCCGGGAGACUGCUUACUCCACACUGCUGAGCUGAGGCGGCUGAACACGUGGGCGGGUCGGCUGGUGUCGGGAGGAGGAGGCCGAGACCACCCACGCGAGGAGGCUGUGGCAGACAGUUUCUGUGCACACUGGUUUACCCGGAGGCCAGUCAUUCAUAACAUCCACUUGUGGACGAGAACAAGACGUUGCCCCCUGAGCCCGACCCCCGCACUCCCGUGGGUGUGGACACUGGGGUCCUUGCUGGAGCUCGCCGGUGAGCCCAACGGUUCUCGAGUGCGCCCUAACGCCUCUGUGCCCGCAGCCUCCCUCCUGGCCGCGUGGAGCGGGGAGCCAGCCGGCGCGGAGCCCGCCGUGGAGCCCGCUGUGGAGCCCGCCGUGGAGCCCCAGCCGCGCGCCGUGCUGGAGGGGGGCGCCGUGGUCCUGCGCGCCCGCGGCCUGCCCGCCGGCCUCCUCGGCUUCGCCUGGUUCCGGGGCGAGGGCUCGCUGGACGACGACCUGCUGCUGGCCUACGACGCGCGGGCCGGGGCCACCAGGCUGGGCAGGCGGCACAGCGGCCGGGAGGCGCUGCUGGAGGACGGGUCGCUGACGCUGCGCAACCUCAGCCUGGAGCAGGCCGGCCUGUACACGCUCACCGCGCGCUCACUGCGCGCCGGCCUCCGCCCCAGCUCCGCCUCCGCCAACGUCUCCGUGUACCCCCGCGUGAGCAAGCCCUCCGUGAGCAGCAGCCGCGGGGCCGCCGUGGAGGGCGGCGCCGCCGUGGAGCUGACGUGCGGGCCGCCCUCCCCGAACACCACCUACGUGUGGCGGCUGAACGGCCAGCAGCUGCCUGGCGACCGGGCCGUCGCCCUGUCCCGCGGCAACACCACCCUCACUCUGCUCGAUGUGUCCAGGCGCUUCGGGGGGCGCUACGAGUGUGAGGCCUCGAACCCGCUGAGCGCCUCCCGGAGCGACCCGCUCACCCUGGACGUCCUCUACGGCCCGGACACCCCGGAGAUAUUUCCCCCGGACAAGUACUUUGAGGAGGGACGGAGCCUGUGGCUCUCGUGCCAGGCCGAGUCCCACCCCCGGGCGCGCUACUCCUGGAGCAUCAACAGAGGACCGUGGGAGGCCAAGGAGGAGGUGCUGGUCCCCAAGGCCAGCCUGCAGGACAGCGGGCUGUACGCCUGCCUGGCCACCAACCCGGCCACGGGCCACACAAGCUCCAAGGUCAAGGCGGUCACCGUAGUGGGUAGGUGGCCUCUCUGGGCCGGGGCCUGGCUUUCCGUGAAGAGCGAGGAAGUGGUGCCGUGUCCACACUCGAAGGCAAACCCCAGUUCCCUGUGGCCCAGGAGGCUCCCUCUCUCUGAACGCACGGGCCUCCCCCUGCUGACCUGGGCCUGGGGAGCGAUGCCCGAGCAGGGACCACUCCCGCUCCCCCUCCCCCGUCACCUCCUGCCUUUCACACUCUUCAUGAUCUCACUCUGGUUUUCCACCUUCGGGAUGGAAACAUCCCCGAGAAGACGGUGGCUGGGUGGCAGCUCCCCGUUCUGCCUGCCCCGUGGGCUGGCUUCCCCGAGGGCUGGCGGAAACUCACAGAAAGACCCCGUUAGCCGCUCCUCUCUUCUCUCCACAGAGGAAUUGCCAAAGCCCCACAUCCAGAUCAAAAACAAGACCGUCCUGGAGAAGCACUUGGUAGCCCUGACGUGCGAGCCGGAGAGGGCCGGCGUUUCCUUCUGGUGGACGUUCAACAACCAGAGGCUGACGGCCACAGACAGGGUGAGCUUCUCCUGGAACAACAGUCGGCUCACCAUCGACCCCAUCACCAGGAGGGACGCCGGCAUCUACCAGUGCGGGGUGUCCAACCCCCUCGCCUCCAGGACCAGCGACCCCGUCAACCUGGCUGUGCUCUGUGAGUGGCGCGGGAGCGCCGUCCCCCACCUCUCACCAGGGGCAGGGCACAGGUGCCAUGGUGCCACAGGGAGGGCGGAAGGCAAGCGAGUGGCUCAGGUUCUCCGCUCCCCCCUCCCCCGAGUCAUAGGGAUCCGCUAACGAACGUCAUUCCACAAAACUGUGUCUCUCUCUUGAUCCAGCUCCCAUACAAAUGAUUGACUCCAUUAUAUUAGUUAAACAAGCUUCACAGCACAAGAACUGAGCAGCUCCCACUCUAUUCUCUAAGCUAAUCUGGCUUCCUCCCAGCACGCAUCCCAGAGCGACACUCUGUGACUUCUCCCGCUAGCUCACUCUCCUAGUUCCUCCCCUGGCUGCAGGAAGCCCAGCCCUUUUCGCUCCCCUGCCCAGUGAUUGGCUGCCUUGGUGGCCUAUCAGGGGACAGCUGGGAGUAGUGUUUACACAGCACUGAGACAGGAGAUGCUCAGAAGAAGGACUGUGACCAGGUGCGCGUGUGGGGAGCAGAAAUCAGCGUCUGAAUUACACAAUGGC